AUGGCACAUAAGCAGACACCAAGAGACUUCCUAAAACUUAUAAUCGGAAGACCAGUGGUAGUUAAGCUUAACUCAGGUGCUGAUUAUAGAGACGGUUAUAUGAAUGUGGUAUUGGAACAAACUGAAGAGUACGUUGACGGUCAGCUAAAAAAUAAGUAUGGUGAUACGUUCAUUCGAGGAAACAAUGGUAAGUCACAUUAG